UGUUCUUCUUCUUAUUACAUCUCUCUCUAGAGUCUACAUGUCUUGACGCAUAGUGUUGUUUUGAAAACCAUUGAUGCUGACUUCAAUCCAUCUUUAGCACCACUGAUCAAAAUGGCUGGCGAGUCCUCUAAUCCUGGCACCGUCGAAGAGAUCUUCAAGGAUUUUAGAGGUCGUCGCUCUGCUUUUCUUCGAGCUCUCUCCGUAGAUGUUGACAAGUUCUACUCUUUAUGCAAUCCUGAAAUGGAGAAUCUGUGUUUGUAUGGACACCCGAAUGGGACGUGGGAAGUGAAUCUUCCAGCGGAGGAAGUGCCUCCUGAGCUUCCAGAGCCAGCGCUUGGAAUCAAUUUCGCAAGAGAUGGCAUGCAGCGUCAAGAUUGGCUCUCCUUAGUUGCUGUCCACAGUGAUUGUUGGUUGCUCUCUGUUUCCUCCUACUUUGGCGCUCGGCUUAGUCGCAAUGAGAAGAAUCGCCUAUUCAGUCUGAUCAACGAUCUUCCAACUCUCUUUGAAGUAGUGACCGGUAGGAAGACCAUCAAAGAUAAACCAAGCAUGGAUCAUGAGAGCAAAUACCAAAACGGCUUAAAGAGAUCAAUUGAAGGAGAGAUGAAGAUCACAAGGAAGUUAAUGGAAGAGAGCUGCGAAGACGAAGAAGACGAGCAUGGAGAUACACUAUGUGGAAGCUGUGGAGGACACUACCUAAACGUCGAGUUCUGGAUAUGUUGUGAUGUAUGUGAACGUUGGUACCAUGGAAAGUGUGUGAAGAUAACACCAGCCAAAGCAGAGAGCAUGAAGCAGUACAAAUGCCCUUCUUGCUGCACUAAGAAAGGAAGACAGUGAGUGAUGGUAAAGUUCUGUGUUGUUGACAGUGAGUCGAUAUAGAGAGACAUCAGCCGGUUCAUCAACUUUUGAUCAGUGAUACCUUUAUUCCCUUGUGUUGUAUGUGUAUCAACUCUAAUUUGAUCGUUUAAAUGAGUAAUCAUAGAUUUUGGUUUUAA